GCUCAGAGAAGAUAGUCACAGCAGAGAGCAUGACAGAAGAGUCUUACAGGGAUAAAAGUAAAAAUGGUCAAAUGUAAUGAACUCCAUAAUACUCAUGCAGUGACACACAGAGAAUUUAUAUUCCGUAGCAGGAUUUGAUGUGGUCUUCAGGGUUUCAGGUGCAUCACAAACGAUGAAGCUUUGGAUAUUCAGUGUUGUUCUGAUCUCUGCACUUGGAGGUGAGAGGAUUUAUAUUUGCUUUUAAGCUUUGAAGGAAUUUUUAGUUUGGGCACACUUACCAAGAUGAAGUCUGGUGUCCGCAAAAAUCUGGGUGCUUCAGCUCUGAAGUUGCUUUGAGGAAAUAUUAACUUGGCCUCUUUGGUUUCUCUGUUUAUUGUUUUGGCUUUUGUCAUGUUGCUCUGUUUAUUUGUGCAUUUUAUUUAAAUGUUUAAUUCACCCUCUGAGUGAAAUGUCAUUCAUGAUUGGUGAAAGUAUUGAUGUUCAUUUAUUUAUCAAUUUAGGUUUUCUUGCAUUUUUAAUCACUUUGUCACUUUGUCAUUGGGAUAGCAAAAAUAUAGGAUACAGUACUGGUACAAAACUAACGCAACCCAGUAGUAACAUAUAUUGAGAUAGACUUUACUACCACUACUAAGUCUAUCAGAUCAUCGAGAUUAAGGGAAUAAUGCUGUAUUGCAGCAAUAGGACCUGGAAGCAACAGAUGUAUGGAUUUUUUUUUUUUUUUGAUAGUCUGUAAUGUUGGGAAGGUGAAAAAUAUCCUCAAAAUGUGUUGCAUGUAGGAGUUGGAAUAUGUCAUAAUAUAACAAACACCAUUAUGUCCUACAAAAAAACUUUGAUCUGUUUUAGGGACUGCUAGCAUGAAAAAGAAAUAUGCAUAUUUCCACAAAAAUAUAAUCUAUAUCAGUGAGAUCUGAUACUUAAAGCAGAAAUCACUUACAGUAAAUCCUGUCACUACAGUAUGCCUAUUGCUUUGUAGAGGAAAGUCCAUGUCCCAAAGGUGGGCGGAUCCACCUGGCUAACCAGAAAUGCUAUUGGCUGUCUGAAAUGGCAUCUUCAUGGAUUGAGGCACUAAACUCAUGCAAAGACACCAAAAGAGGAGAUUUGGCAGACGCUGACAGUCUGGAGCUGCAAACCUUUAUUUUCUACUCUUUUCCAGUGUAAGUGUUACAUACAGAAGUUUUCUUUGUAUGUUUUUCUGAGGAAAUAACUUCCCCCUUUGUAUCAUCUUGAUUUAGGAGAUCAACUGUGUGGGUGUGGCUGAAGGGGUCUGAAGAAGCAGACUCUGAUCAGGCUAAGGAUAUAGAGUCAUGGGAAACAACAGCCAGUGUGGCCCAGAUGCUGUGUGCUCAGAUGGCUUUAGGGAUACAGGGGGAGUGGAGGAAAGCUCCAUGUUCUGAACAGCAUCUCUACCUCUGUGAAAGAGAAGUGAAUGGUACAACCUUUUGAGUAAUCAAAGGACUAUAUCAGAGUUUUUGAAAUGAGACAAUGAGUUCCAUGUCCCAAGGUAAGUGUUUUAGCCAGAAUAGAUGUCUGUCAGCUUGACCCCUUUAAGUAGAAACUGCCCAGAGAACCGGCCCACAAGGUAAGCUACCUAUAGUUUUCUGCAGAUGGGCCAACUCUGAUACAUGAAUCGAUUUAGAUAACUUUGAGGAAGUCUGACCCAAACACUCAUCUCAGUUUACAUGCUUGUUCUACUGAGAAAUUUUUUGGCACUUUGCCAUCAAAAAGUACAAGCAGAGGAGCUUGUCUGUGCUGCGUCUGCUAAUAGUGCAAAGAAAGGGGGUCAGAGUCUCCCAUAAUCAGUUAAAUUAUUUGGCCACGGACUCCAUCUGCAGAAUACUGGAACCCAGGGCCAAAUGGACAAGCAUUCAUUAUAGCCUAUACAUUUACUAGUGGCAUGUAACUCAUAUUACACCACUUCAAAAAUACUGUAAUAUACCUUUAAUGCUUGUGUGUUGGUUAUAAUUAUGUGAAUUUCUGGGAUCUUCUGGGUAUGAUUUGUGUCAAUCCCUUUCCAUGUAGAGCCUGUACUGUCUGAGGACAGUUACCUGAUUGGAGUGGUUUUCAUGACCGGCAUCUACCCUCACACCCAAAUACGCCCCUUGACAAAAUUCCCAGACAUCGGACAGCUCACAGUGGAGGUCAGAAAUAAGUUAACUUUUAACUGCAUGUUUUAGACAUUUAAUUUGUCAAGUAUGAUAUUGUAGUCUGCAAAGAGUCAUCAAAAUAAAGUUCUGCUGUAAGAGUUGAAUGACAGGCUUGAUUGAAGGUCUAGUGUCCACACUUUCUCAAACUUCAGGCCUUAAUUGGAUUAAAAAAAAAAAAAAAAAACAUCCACAGAUGCAGCUCUUCCCUGGGAUUUGGUUCAGUCAUGCCGGUCAGCUAAAAUCAGUGGAUCUUGUGGUUCAGCCCAGCACCACAUCCUCUCUAGCUCGUGUCCAGAUACUGCGGCCCUACUGCAAUCCCAACCAACAUUUGGUACCUCCAGGUAAUGAAUAAAAGUGUCUGGGCACACUCACACUGGGACUAGUUGUCCUGUAACAUGUACGUUGGUAACACCACAGUAAAUAUGAGUGCAGGUUUACUAACCUUGUGGCAGAGAUGGCAGAACCAAGGAAUCCUACCAUGUCUGCACUCACACAGGCCAAAUGAAGUGAACUUUGGGGGGGUCAUUAUUGAGGUCUAACAUGCUUCAGUAUGGUUCAGAUUGCCCAGCGUGAGUGUGCCCUCAAAAUGUUUUUCCCAAAGUUUCAUUUAAUUCAGUAUCUUUGAUUACACCCUCUUUAUGAUCCAUAGGUUGUAGUUCUCUCCUUAACCCCUUCAGCUGCUGCUCAGCAGUUCCGCUGUGUAACACCACAGGGGGGUGCAGCAGGGGGCAGUACUGGUGCCACCUGCUUGAGGCCUGUGUGUGCACUGCUUGUCCUUGCAGCCCCUAUGACUCUGCAGCAGGGAAUCGUGGCUUUGUUUUACCCCCUCGAUACCCUAUGUCACCACCUUUCUUUCACCUGGUGGCAGAGCUGCCUCUGAGAAUAAACCCGAGCUCAGACCACAGGAUACUGAAUGUGAGUACCAUGAGUUACUGACUUUUCCUGCUUCACAUUUUAUGACAAAUGCAUACUGACUCAUUUUUCCUUUUCUCCUAACUUCCUUUUUGUAACAGGUGCUUCUGCCUGACCAAGCAAUCACAGUGUACCCUGAUGAUAUUGUGGCCAUACAACACACUCGCAGCUAUGGAUCAUUUCUGCACUGUCUCAACAGCAAAGUUUCUGGAAAAUCCCCAUGGCGCCAGAGUUACCUGUCCCUUCAAGGAACAGAGUGGGGGAGCUGGUGGGAGAGAGGUGUCUCUUCUCUACCUAAAGAGGGGCAAUGGGUUGAUGGGGUGGUGUGUGAUCUGAAGAUGCUGUAUAAAGAUGAUCUCCCCAGAGGUACACAGUAUGAUGAUACCUCAGGUUUUACCCAAAGAGACCCCACCACGGCUCCCUCAGUUUGGGCUUUGACAAACACUCCUGCUCUAAGAGGUGGAUUCGAGCUGACUGUUAUCCAUCCUGUGCCGGAUCAAAACAAUGAAAUUCAUGUCCAAACUAAUGUCCCUACACUGGUGGUUGUUAAGGUCCUGUCUGGAGAAAAUGUCAGGAGCUCAUGGUCAGCCCCAGUUCAUCAAACUGGAGUCACCUUUUCCCCAUAUUGCCCAGAGGAGGUGACUGAGUUUUUGUCUGACUGUAAAAGUCAGUCCCAUGAUUUCUGGUUCUCCUCAGUGACUCUGGUCAUGCCGUCAGAAGGAGAUCAAACCCUGGACAUCAAUGUGACGAAUGCAGUUAGCUCCCAGAGCAUCAGCCUCAGGAUUUGGAGCUACCAGGCGGUGACGGGGCUGAGUGUUGAGCCACAGAGAUGCUGGAGGAUGCUUGUGGACACACCACAAGUGAGAAUUAAAAGAUGAAUUAAACAUACAAAUCCACCACAAUAUAAAGUCAAAAGAACACUUGGUAGAUAGAUCAGGAAAAGAGGAGUUGUCCUUUAUUCAGAGUCAUCUUGCAUUAGGACCAUUGCAGAAUUACUUUUAUAAAUAGGGACCUUUGGGGGUUUACAAAAGGCCACUGGGCCUGAAUCAGAUUCUUUCCUGAUGGAGCCACAUUGAGUUCCUCCUGAAGUUCCCAGUCCUGCUGUAGUCAGUCUUUUAAUGUUCUGUUCAAAAGAUAUGGAUGUGUUAACUGGAACACAGUGUUAAUGACUCACACAGUGCAUGUUUGCUCACACAGCUUUUUCAUGUCUGUAGUUAUUUGUCGCUAAAGUGGAGAGCGGCACCUCUGUUAAAUUCACGUGGGUGAUUGAUGAUCUGGAUCUGUUUGCUCAUGAAGGACAGUCUUACAGUGUGGUGUUCAAGAAACCUGCAGAGUACAUGCUUAAGGUGAGAUACUUUAUUGUCUUCAUUUUGAAUUUGAUCUUUAUGAAUGUUUGAGGUUGUCAUCAUGCUUUAUUGAAAACUCUCUUUCAGCAGCAGUAAAUAGAGUCAGCUGUUCUGUCUCUGAUAGGUGAAAGCUUCCAACCCUGUGAGCUCCCAAAACCAGCAGGUCUUCCUGACAGCUGAUGAAAUCACCCCGAUGGAUGAGCCAGAGUUCAUGUUGCUCAGAGAGGUUGUUGCGGUGGAUGCUACACAUCUCUACAGCCUCAGGGUCAAAGUUCAUGUAUCCCUGCCUGUCAAUGUCAGGUAAGGAGUUUGCACGUGACUAACCCUUGAAACCAGAGACAGAAUCACUGGGGCUGCACAUGUGGUGUACCGUUGAUUGUCUGUUGGAAAACCUUCUAAAAGGUUGUGUAAAACUUUGUGUAUUUUUAAUCAUUUGUUUCCCAUGUAGAUGGGAUUUUGGAGAUGGGAGUAGGGAAGUGAUCCACACCCACUCAGCUCCAUGUCUGACCAUGCCAAGUGGUUUAAAGAGACAACAGAGGGAUGUUUAUGUUCAGGACACAGUGAACUACACAUAUUCUUCUUCAGGUAAGCACAGAUAUACUGCCAAUGUUGUAUUUGUGAACAUUUAUUUUCUUGAAACAUUGAGAUCAUCAUGUGUGGUAGUUUUACAUAACUUUUUAAACAUACUGUUGUUCACUGCUAAAGUGAUACAGGUUUUUCACCAUGGUCACUUACCUGAGAAAAUAGCUGAUUAGACCACUCAUUUAUAUUUUCAUUUGAUUUACAAUCAACAUGUGAUUGAUUAAAAUCUUUAACAACAGUUUGAGUUGUCCAGUCAGCCUUGUCAGUAUUCCCAGAUCACUCAGUAUGUUUGCACGUUGUUGACUUUUAAAAGUAUGUUAACACAUUAGUCAGACUAUAAGGAGUUUUAGAUACAUUAUGACAUCGACUGAAACUAGCGGUGAUGUGUCUCUAUAAUGUAUUGGAGCAAACAAGACAAGAUCAACAAUUUUUACACUGUAGUUUCUAGAGCCUCACUGCUGAGAGAUGGUAGGUAUGCCAAAGAAACAGCUUUAGUGACUUUACCAACUGCAAAUAUUCAUGCUGCAUGAUAAACGCCACUGUAUAAAGACAACAGAGGAGGGUUGUUAUGCUGCGUUCCAGUUACCUCGGAAGUUGGAUGUCAGAACUGGGGAUGACAUGACACUCGAGUUGAUGGUGUUCCAGUAAACAAGUUGGAAAACCAAGAUGGAUGCCCACUGUUAGCCGUUGUUAGCUGUUGUUAACAAUUGUCAGCUGUCGUUAGCCGUUGUCAGCUGUUGUUAGUUAUUGUAAGCUAUACCAGUUGUAAACAAUGCAUAUCACAGUACAACGCAUAUAUGUUGUACUGCCCAAUGUCUAACCAUGAGUACAGUACUAUGGUGUUUGUAAGAGUAGAAUACUGUAUUAUACAGUGCAACUGGUAUCACUAACAACAGCUAGCAACAGCUGACAACCACUAACAACAACUGAUAAAGGCUAACAACAACUGACAAUUGUUAACAACAGCUAACAACGGCUAACUCUAGGCAUCCAUCUUGGUUUUCAGACUUGUUUACUGGAACGCCGUCAACUCAGGUGUAACAUCAUUCCUAGCUCCAACAACCGACUUCCGAGGUAACUGGAACGUAGCAUUAGUCACCACAAGUAUAAGAGAAAAUCAGCAACAAUGUAAGGGUACCACUUUUUACACAGGGGGCCCCACAGUCAACACAGUCAGUCCUUCACAGGAACUUUAAGAAAAAGAUUUUGUGGUUCCCUAAAAAAAAUGAUUUCCAGAAUUAGGCCUACGUAAGUCAUGCACCAAUUUUUUUUUAUCCUUGAUAACUUUGAAAUAAACCCAUUAUAAUAAAUUCCACUCCUAGUAUAGUGGGUGCGAUGGGAGCCCUGAAACUUUUUAUUGAACCAAGCUGUAAAUGUGAUUAUUUUUGCCCCCAAAAUGGCGUCUGACUGGUCAUUAUAAUUGGCAGCAGCCUCAGGUAAAGUUACAGGACUCAACACAGCUCAGAGGGACAGCCAAACAGAGCUGUAGAGGCUACACUCUCAUAAAAUCCAACCCACCUCUCAUGAGAUCAUCAUCACUUAACAGACAAAUGAGCCAGCUGUCACUGAGUAUGAUAAACCUGAGAGUGGGACACUUGUGGCAGCUCCAUCAGACAUUAGAUUAGCUUUGCCGUUUAUCUUAAGUCAUAGUUUGCGAUUGCUGCCAUGGUUACUAAUCUUGAAUACUGGCUGUAAGGUAUUGAUUUUGAAUAAUGAAUGGAUUGUUUAAUUUAGAAGACUUCAGACUUUUUAUAUGUGUCCAAAGAUUCUUUGAAAACCCUCCUGCCAAUCAGAACUGAGCAUUGACAUGCACAUUACUGUCUUACAAGUACAACCAGAAUUAAAUUAAGGUUGCAUUUAUUGCUUCAUCUUAUAGACUAUUCAUAAACCUCUCAGGAAACUUUUUAAUGUACUUGAAAAAACAAGCACAUUUUCUGACCUUGAUUUCUAGUAUAUUUGUCAUCCUUGCCUCUUUUCAUGCACAGAUGACUUCAAACUUCACAUCCAAGUCUCCAACCAGUACAACUACGUCGAUGCCUUCAUGAAGAUAUGUGUCCGUCCUAAAUUAAUCCACCUCCUUGUUUCCUCUUCCCUUCCUGUCCCACACGUCAAAGAGCCUCUUUUUCUGGAAGUUUCUCCAGAGCCAUUCAGCCAUGCCAUUAUUUAUACCUGGGACUUUGGAGACGGUUCAAAAACCAUUCAGAGCAACAAUCACAAGGUAAACCACAGCUUUACAUCUGCUGGGGUUUAUAACAUCACAGUUUGUGCCAACAACACUCUUUCAGCUCUGACCCACUCUCUCACUGUGGAAGUUAUGGAGGAGAUCUCUGGAUUAACUCUCAGCUACAGCAGACCUGCUGAAAUAAACUCUCCAGUAGAUUUCAGAGCUACAGUGGCUGCUGGUACGAGCCUGAUAUGGAAGUUUAACUUUGGGGAUGGGUCUCUACAGGAAAACCUUAGAAAUGGUUCAGUCUCCCACAUAUAUAAGUCACCGGGGAACUAUACAGUGUAUGUUACUGUUUUAAACUCUGUCAGCCAAGCUCUUCAGUCAGUCAGCAUAGAGGUCUAUAGGCUGGCUCUUAGUGGAGUCCUACCCACAGAGUGUGUGAUGAGUGGAAAAGGAGUACAGCUCAGCGCUCUGGUCAAUGGGGAUGCAUCAUUUCUGACUUUUCAUUGGCUGAUAGGAGAUGGAUCAUCUCUGACUGUAGUAAGGGGACAACCAACAGUCAUACACAGAUUUCAAAACCAAGGAUCUUAUCCUGUAGGUUUGACUGUGAUCAGCUCUGUAACAUCUGUGUCUUUUAAUGCAACCCUAUGUGUGGAACAGGAAAUUACUAAUGUGAGGGUGCAGUCAUCAAGUGAGGUGUGUGCAGCAGGAGAAGAGGUUUGCUUUCAGGCCUUAGUAUCCCCUGAGCAGAUAAGAGGUUGCUCAUUUACGUGGUUUCAAAGCCCCUCUGAUCUCAUGACCAGGACUGAAAACUCUCAGCAGUGUUUUACAUUUAAAGAAGAAGGAGUUCAAGAGGUGACAGUGAUAGCAAGUAACACUGUGAGCAACAUGACAGCUAAAGCUGGUGUCAACAUUCAAAACCCUGUUGGUCAGCUGUCUGUGGUCCAUGACAGUCCCGGUGAAACACUCACAGUCAAUAAAUCUGUGUCAUUUUGGGUCUCCAGCUGCACUGGCAGCAAUGUGUCAGUGCUGUGGGACUUUGGAGAUGGAACUCCAGUUGAACAGAAGCAAAAUACGACACAUGCAUUCACCUCUGAAGGUUAUUUCAUCAUCACUACCACUGCAUUUAACACCAUCAGCCGUCAAUCUGUAACCCUAAAAGUCAACGUCCUGCUUCCUGAAUCAGACCUGUCUCUUUACACAGACCAACCUUAUUCUGCAGUAGGAGAGGAGACUCUCAUCUCAGCAGAGAGCAGAGCCAUUAGCAGCACUAACUACUACUACUGGAGCAUAGAUGGUGUUCCAUCAACCACACAAGGUACCAAUCAGUUUAGGUUUGCUUUCAGUAAACCUGGGGUGUUCAGAGUCCAAGUUGCAGCUCAGGACCGGGUGAGUAGAAGUGAGGCAGGGAUUUUGAUCGAGGUCUUUGAAAGAAUAGAGGGUCUGCAGAUAGAGUGUCAGAGUGUGACAGACAUGAAGUAUGUACCAACAGAAGAGGGACUUAAGUUUGUUGCUUCAGUCACUAAAGGCUCAAAUCUAACAUAUUACUGGCUUGUCACACAGACUGAAACAAACAAAGACAUUUUAGGUAAUGGAGGAAGUUUUUACAUGAUCGCUGAGAGUCCUGGAGAGGUUUUAGUCCAGGUAAGAGCUUCAAACAAAUUGGGUGAGGUCAGCAGCAGUGUGUCUUUAGUGGCGGUAGAGCGUGUAGUCAUCACACAAACCACAGAACAACCUAACACAGUGGCUGCGGGUAAACUGGUGAAUAUCUCUGUAUCUGUCCUCAGUGGCUCAGACCUACAGUUCUUAUGGCAAAUUAAUUCAGAUGUUUCACCCCUGCAGACAAAUGUGCCAUUUCUUCUCCACACUUUUGUUAAUUUGGGCUGUUGUCUUGUAACAGUUUCAGCUCAAAAUAUCCUUAGUAACAGUAAUGUCACCAUGACAUUUGACAUUCAGGAGGAGGUCAAAGAGGUGGAUUUUGAAAUAGAAGGGAAGAAACUGCCUUUUUUUAUCCCAUCGAAUGCUGCUGUUCAACUCCACGGGCUCAUUCACAAAGGAAAUGAUCUGAUCUGGAAGUGGAGGAUCGGCAGUCACAACUCUAGAGUCUCCAGUGUGACUAACCAGACUUUUAUCUACACUUUCCCACAUGCAGGCAUCUACCAAGUGUCUCUGAAUGUUUCCAAUCAGAUAAACUGGCAGCAUGUCUCACACAGCGUUAUGGUCCUUGAUGCAGUCGAAGGUUUGAUGGUGAAUAUUUCCAAGUCUUCUGUCUGCACAGGGGAAGAAGUAACUUUUAAUCCUGUAGUCUCUAAAGGAAGCAAUGUAAGCUUUGUGAUGACUUUCCAAAACAAAGACUGGACUCACAGUCACAGCAUCUCUAAAGGGCAGUUCACCAUAUCGAGCCUACCUGCAGGAACAAUACUAGUCAGAGUGACAGCAAUUAACCAGGUCAGCAGUGCUGAGGUGACCUCCAGAGUCCAUGUCACUGAGCAGAUUCAAAACUUACAACUUAUGAACUGUUCUGCUGAUUUAGAGGCUCUGAAAGGAGUUCAGUUCAAGGCAGAAGCUCAAUGUGGACUUCCUGUCACCUACACCUGGAUAUUCUUCCUAGAGGGAUCUGAGCCCACACAGCUGACUGGCCAGGAAGUGACUUUCACUCCAUUACACAGUGGUUUACUGUCUUUAAGUGUGACUGCAACCAGCGGAGUCUGCUCCAUGACGCUAAACAAUACCUCUACAGUUCACUGGCCUCUGAAGCAGGCUGACAUCAUCUCCUCUUCAGAAAGAAUAUUUGUUGGACACAGGGUCAUGUUUACUGCAGCAGGGAAUGGAUGGAGCAACAUCUUGUAUCUCUGGGACUUUGGGGACUCCUCAGAGACAUUGCAGACUGUUGAAAGCACACACAACCACACUUAUUAUAACCCUGGGAAGUACAGCGUUGUUGUCAAAGCUUCAAACAGGGUCAGCUGUGUGUCUGCACAGCUGCAGGUGGAGGUGGAGGAGCUCCUAUGUUCCCUCCCUCAGGUUUCUCUCAUACAAGGACAGUCCACUAUCUUUGGGUGUAGACCAAACUACUUUGAAGCAAGAGUAGACAACAGCUGUUCUGUUUAUAAAACCAAAUACCUAUGGGAGGUCCUCGAAGAGUCAGACUGUGUUGAGGUUCAAGUCCAUCCUAAAAGCAAGUUCAAUUCAAGUUCACCUCUUCUUUUAAUACCAAAGCAUAGUCUUGAUGUGGGUCAGUAUUGCGUGGUGUUCACAGUGUCACUGCAGGGAACUCCUCUAAUGGUCCGCAAAAGCAUCAGUGUGGAUGUGGUCCACUCCCCACUGGUGGCUGUGAUCCAGGGGGGCUCACACAGACUGUGGUCCAGCCUCAGGGAUCUAGUCCUGGAUGGAUCUGGCUCCAGAGAUCCUGACGUAGAGACAGGAGAGGACAGACUGCAGUAUCACUGGACAGUGACAACAGUGGUCAGUUUGAAGAUGAAAAAUCCUCAAGUUCAUAAAUGUGAUGAUAAGUUAACAGGAAGUUUGACACCCUGAUGAAAAUAAGUGCAGGUGUUACCUUCAGACAUUUGUGUUUCCAGGGAGCUGAUGAGCCUCAUCUCCUAGAGCAGCACCUGAGCAGAGGAAAUAGCAGCAGAUUGACUGUUUCCAGGGCUCAGCUGCAUCCAGGGACAGAGUAUGUUUUCAUCCUUACCAUACAAAAGGCAGGGAGACCAUCAGCCCAGGUCAACCAGACAGUGAGUACCUUUCACUCUUAUCUCACUCUGACACAAGUGCGAUCUCGUUUCUAUUUGUUAUGUUGGUUCAUUUCAGUUCAGCUGAUAAAAGUAAAGCAACUUCUGUUAAAUAUAUAAUGUAUUAACACACAGACAGACACACACACACACACACACACACACACACACACACACACACAUACACACACACACACACACACACGUAAAGCUGAAGCAAACACUUACUGUAAACACCUUCUGUCUGACCUUAGGUAACUGUGUGUGACACUCCUUUACUCCCUGUCUCUGUGGAGUGUGUAUCCUGCUCCAUCCUGUCCUCCAAUCACAAAGCCAGUUACAAUACCCCAAUUUUUCUGUCUGGGAAAUGUGAGCAGUGUGGUAAAAAAAAGACAAAGGUAAUAUUAUCAUUCAUUCAUUAAAAAUGUGUAUGUGAAGUUUUAGCUUUUCAAUUCAGCUCCUCAACUUCUUGAAGUUUUUUUCUUCUUUUUUUUUUUUUUUACCUUUUAAACACACACAGUAAAGCAUCAAGCUUCUGGAUUUUUUUAGGCUAUGUUUUUUUUUUUUUUCCAAAAAUGACCCAAAAAGUAAAAAUCAGGCCUUUGAAAUCAAUUGUAUGUUAAACUCAGGUAGAAACCUUGGAAUCACCAGACUAUCAAACCUGAGUGGAGGCCGCUGGAAAUGAUUUUGUAAUAGUGCACAAGAAUCUGGAUUUAAACACUGGAAACGUGAAUAAAUGAAAAGUUUGUAAGAGUUUAAAGUAGAGUCAUAGUUUCAAUAGGAACAAUUUAAUGGUAAAAUUGCUCUUCUGAUUUUGGAGUUCGUUUUUGACUUGGCAGGUAUGGCAAUGCCUAAUGAGGUACUAAACCUGCAUACAAAUACAGCAUAUAACAUAAAAAACUAAAAAAAACAACAACAUUAUUUUCCUCUUGCAGUAUGAGUGGCAUGCUGAGGACCAGAGUGGCGUGAAUCUUGACCUCAAUGAGGUUUCCACCUCGACAGAGAGAAAUUCAGCUGAUUUGGUGUUACGCUCAGGUGUUCUGCAGCUGAGUCAUUGUUAUACCUUCAUCCUGAAUGUUUCCCAGCCCAGCACAGGGCAGUGGGGCAGCGCCAGCCUCACAGUACGACCAAACAAUCCACCUCAUGGAGGGCUGUGUGAGCUCAGCCCAGAAACAAGAAUCCAUCUGCUGGAGACAUUAGUAAUCUAUAACUGCUCAGGUAACACAGGGACAUUAGUCAAUGUGUCACCAGUUUGCAUCAGUCACUUCUUUCAUUAAUUAAAAUUAAAAAAGAGAUAGUUGUCCAUCCAUACUCUCUUUGAGCAGCAUGUAUUCUCUUCUGCAGGAUGGCGAAAUGAUGAGAACGAAGUCUCUCAGCUCUUGUAUACGCUCCAGGUAUCACCAUGUCAGCAGUUUGACCUCAAGUGCCCCCUGCUGACUCUGUACAGGUGAGUUAACUGACAGAGCAGGAUCGCUCAAGAGGGAGUCUGAUAGACUUUGAUGUUAGGGAAAUGUAUCGUUAAGUGAGUUUGCUUUAAACCACCGACUGUAUAAUGGACGCCGUCUGUCUCCUCGCUGAGUAAAUCCUCUGCGAGAACAGCACCCUCUGGUGACAGGCUGCAGUAUAGGUCAUAAAUCCUGCCUCCUCCAGCAAUCCCUAUAGAGCUGUGGACAAACUUUAGAAAUUUAAUUUACAGAAUAUAAAUUUUUGUCCCCCCUGCUUGUGAUGUUGACAUGUAGUUAUUGUAAGACUGAUUUGUGCUCAAGUCCUCUUUUUUCUGUACAGCUCCAUUUUUAAAAGUUGUUAGGGGGUUCAUGUUUUCUAUGAUUGAUACUUGAUACAGCCUGUGGGCGUACAAUGAUUGCGUAGCUCACCUGGGGGAUACGCUGUUUGAGUCGAGCAUCAUCACAGCGACUCUUGGCAACCCUCCCUCCGAAUGUGUACAAUGCUUUUGCCCAAGUGGUGCUUCAAGUAAAUGGAGAAAAUCCCAGAAAUAGUGAGAGCAAUUUGGCUUCAAAUUCAUAUUAUGAUGGAAGGCAGAACCAAGUUGUACAUAGUAUAUACAGCCUAUGCUUAAAACGUUCACAAACCUUCUACAACCUUCUAAAAAUAUGAUCUUUUUUAUUUCUCCUCCAAGGGGCACUCGUUCAUCCUACGGCGCCCUGGUUCCUGUUGGACAUUCUGGACAAGUGGGACACCCCUCAUUUAUCAUGGUCACCUUGCUGGUAGAGGACUAUCUUGGGACAAAGGUCUUGGCCCUUAACAGGUCAGAGACCAAGGUUUCAUCUGAUCUGUCCACAGAACUUUUUGUUUAUUAAAGACAUUAUAGAAGCCCCACCUCCCAUGACCUUGAAUGGGAUAAUCAGGAUGUCAUGGCAGAUGUUUCCUCAUGUAGAAGUCACCCUGGCUAAUUCUGUCAUCUUUAUUGUAGGACGCUGACAGUUGAAAAUCCUUCCCAACUGGAGGUUUCCAGUCAUUGGCUCAGAGACAAGAGUCAGACUGAGCUCCAAGCUUUAGUCUAUCGUGGAAACUCACAGGAGAUCAUCCCUUAUUCCAUUGCAAUUAUAAGCCAGCUAAAUCAGGUAUCACUAUGAUUACCAGCACUUUGACACUUUACUGCAGAUUAUGACCAGGUCAGAUACAAAGAUCUUUCCGAAAGGGUUUAAAUGUGCUUUGACUGUGUCCACAGAUGGAGUCUGGACAGACUGCUGAGGAUCUGACAGACAGAAGAGAGACUCGGAAACAUGUGAUCCAGGCCCUCACCUCUCUCCCUGUUUCCUCAUUGCUUGAUGUCGAUCAGAUCAGCUCAGCGUUGUCACUGUCUACAGUAAGAGUUUAUUAGAGGAGCUGUUUGAGUUUUGCACUAGGAUAAAGCAACAAAUUUGAAGGCUGGUCUACAGAGUAAGUAGAUUUUAUGAGCAGGAGUCUAUUUCAGCCCUGCCUGCCUUUUACAUGGGAAACAAUGAAACUAUGAAAUAUAAACCAAACUAUGAAAAACAGCAUUACAAACAAAUAAAGCUACAGUACUACUGAGAACAAAAAGUCAAAAUAAAACUGAGUGUGAUUUCAAAACAUGUACAAUCUUAUUUUUGCUGUUUGAGCAGAUGGUAAUAACUUUGCUGUUUUCUUUAUUGUCUUACUGAGCAGAGAAGAGAAAGUUUGUGUCUACCCUUUAAUUAAGAUUUGUUUGAAUAUAUAAUAUGUGAAAUCAGAUCUCAGUUUAUAUUGCAAAUUAGCAAGUCACAGUGCAUAGUAAAACUGUAUGUCCAUGAAAGGUCCAAGUGGAGCCAAAAAUAAAUAUCACUCCCUACUGAUGCAGUUCUGCAAAAUUUACUUUGUUUUGCAUUCAUAUGUCGUAGAAAAAGCUAUUAUCACUUCUUAACUGUCUAUAUCAGACUUCUUUGGAUAAUUUUGCUUUUAAAUCCUGUUUUUAAAAGAUAUUGUCGUAUUUCUAUGUCAUAUUAGUCUUUAGUCACCUUCUGGCUGUGACAGUAUUCUGCAUGUAAUCUGUUAAAAACUGAGAGAAAAUGGCAUCAGAAGGUCAAGAAAGCCAGUUUGCCCCAAAGCAUCACCUUACCUAACUCAACACUUUCUUGAAUUUGAACUUUUUUACCAACUCUUUGGCGAAAACUCAAUUUCUGUUAAAGGUGGCUCCCAGGGAAAUGGUCUGUUCACAAUGUCUGGAGGAUGUUUUAAAAAUGGUGCAGAAGAUGAUACAGGUCAUGGAGGAGCAGAGAGAUCCUGGAGUUUUAUCAGCUGUUGAAAGAGGAAGAAACAUCCUUGACAUCAUUGGUACUUGUCAAACAUAAUCUUCUGCACAAAACACUGGUUUACUGAUUGUGAACUAAAUAUGUGAAAAUAUUGUAUUUGUUGUGUUUUCAGGUAACAGUCUUGCUGCUCUGUCUAUCAGUCCUCAACAAACCCUCUCCAGCACCCUGCAGCCAGCCUCCACAGUCUUCCUGGAUGUGCUGGGUCACACUGGCACCCUGAUGCGCUCUUUAAUGCAUGCUCAUGUUCGCGGCGAGGCUCCUCUCUUACUCUCACUCUCUAGCUCUUAUCUCAACACAGAUGGUUUCUUUGGAGACCCCUCUGACCUCCUGUGCACCCACCAGUCCAGCCGCAACAAGUCAAAGACUUCUUACUGCCAGUUUCAUAUUCCUACCGCCUUUACUACUUAUCUGAAGAGUCAGCAGUCUGAGGUGGUACAGGUUCUCUUUUCAGUGGAUGCAGAUACUGGACCCAGUUCCUUCCUGGCUGCAGCAGACCCGCCAAUUUCCACCACCCUGGCUGCCAUGGAGCUCACCACAUCUCGGGGCCAGCCAAUACCUAUCCAGGGUCUAGAACCUGAACAUGCCAUACAAAUAACCCUGGCCAACAAGCACCCAGUGGGACUGAACAACCAGGGUGGAGAUGGAGGAGUACAUGAAUCCAGGAACAGAACAUGUCCAACCAUAACACUUCCUACUAAAGGACAGUUGAGCUUUCGAGUUAUAGGUGUGGACGGACUGGAUAAAAAUGCAGGUUUAUUUAUUUCCUUCAACUUCAGCCAUGAUACAGGUAAAGUAAACAGUUUUCCUCUGUACCUCAAUUGUUUUUUUCCCCAAACCUUUGACCUGCCAGCGCUAGUGGCUUCAUUUUGGACUUAUGACUCUUCUUGCUCUAAACUGAGUCUAUUUUUAACCACGUGUGUCUUUGACUGAAUGAAAUGAGGAUCCUUUGCAUAAAAAAGAGAAAAUGACUGAAACAGUAACUCUCAAAAGUGCUGACAAGUGUUACAAUGGCUCUCCUGGUUGCUUAAAAACCUGCAUUUGCCCGAGCACCAAAAUGGUUUGAGAGCCCUAUUCUCCAACUUGAGGAGGUCAUGGGAACUCCUCCACACUGAGUUCUAUCUAUUUGAUAUUUCACAUGCAUGAUCAAGCUCAGUCCCAGAAAGGCCUUUCUCACCUGGUCUUUUAAACCAUCCUGCAAGUUUAUGCAUACAAGGACAUACAGAUACACACACACACACUCCACCAGGGUGAUGGUUUUCUCCUAAUGUCAGUGCGACUCCUGUAUGCCCAUUAUGAACUCUGACUGCAUAUCUGUGAGUCUGUAUGACUUGUUAAUGUUACGGAUGCUAUCCUGCUGCACUGUGUUUACUCAGGAUCUGCUUCUGUGAGCCUGGGACGAGUCAGGAUAGAAGUGGGCUUUGCAGUGCUGCAGACUUUUGAAUCUAUGAAUUUCAUAACAAGAGAGUGGACUCUCACUUUCUCUGCUGCAACCACCUCCACAGAGGAGGCCAUCUUUCUUUCUCCAUAGUAAGUCACUGCUUCUGUGUUUAAAUCUGAACCCUGAAUGAUCCAUACUUUUGCUGAUAAGAAUAUUUUUUCUCGCUCCAGUUUGAACAGGACCAACGAGCCUCUCUUAGUAAACCUCACCUCCUCUCUGGUCGACAACUCUUCUGUCCAUGUGUCAGUGUGUGUGUUCAGCUCACUGUGCCAAUACUACAGUGUGAAUGAGACGCGUUGGAGCAGUGAGGGUUUACAGCCACUAGAUGGCAGCACACUCCACUCUGUUCGCUGUCGCACGAGACAUCUCACCUUGUUUGGGGCCAGUAUGUUUGUUCAUCCAGGGGCAGUGAUCCUGCUCCCACCGGUAUGUGAAAAAACAGUCCACCUGUAUCUCGUAUUUCAUUUUAUUCAGAUGUUUCACCCAAAUAAUGAGUCACUGCUGGAUAAGCAAUGACUACUAUCCACAGGCUCUUUCUGUUUCUCCAUCCAUUCCUUGUGCAGUCAAGUGGUCCCGUACGUAACAUGGUGGUGGGGAUCAUAUGUGCCAUCCUGGUCCUGGUCCACAUCCUGAUGGGGCUCUUUACCGGCAAACUAGACCACCUGGACAGCUUAAGGCUAAGCCAAGUCCCACUGUGUGGCCAACCGGGUCUGUACCACUACAGGGUGCUGGUGAAGACAGGCAGGCGGCGAGGUGCAGGUCAGCCACACAUAACACAUGUUAUUAAACCAAAAUAUAAGAAUAGAGGUAUUUUAAAGUCUGAAUUUAUGAAAACUGUACUAAACAAAAUCACUUGUGAUUUUUCAUCAGGCACCACCGCACAUGUUGGCAUCUGUCUGUAUGGAGUAACAAAGAGUGGCUCUCGUCACCUGCAGAGAGUGGGAGCAUUUCAGCGAGGAAGUCUGGACCAGUUUCACCUGGAAACAGAUGACAACCUCGGAGAAAUAUGGAAAAUCCGCAUUUGGCAUGAUAACACAGGUGCUGGAUAAAUGUUAUAUUGAAAGAAACCAACAGAAUUACUUUUCUGGUUAUUUUGACAGGAGGCAGAAUUUCCUGAUAACACUCCAUAUUAUCCCCCCUCCUAUAAAGCAUCAUGAAUACAUAUAUACACAAUGCUUCAAAACAAUCCUUAUAAGCAAUUAUUAGCAAUCAUAACAACUUUACCCAUGUUUAUUAAGUGUUAUAACAGAGGAAACAGUGGAACCUGAGAGCUGUCAGGUUGUUGCUUUUAUUCAACAAAAGCAUUAAAAAACUCCUCUAAAAUUGAAGGGAAACAAAGUUAGUUUUUAGCUUGGUUAAAGUCCCACUCCGAUCAUUUUUUUAAAUUUUUAUUCAUUAAAGUGUUCCCAGGGAUCUUUAAAUUGUGAAGUUUUUAGCCAAAAUCACAUUACUUGUCAUUUUUAAGACCCUUUCCUCUGUAGAGCUCCAGUAGAUCAUCAGCAAUUUGCCUCUGAGUCGUGGGCGGAGACGUUGGCCCUCAUUUAUUAAUCUUGCGUACAGCAGAAAACUUGCGUACGAAAAUUUUGACGUGAGGAUCGGCAUUUAUCAAUCUGCACAUGAGCGUAUGCUACGACCAAGUCUCACAACAGGUCUGACAUCGUGUAGGCAAGUUUGACUCAGUGUGGAUCUGUGGUGCAGCAAAUGUCUGUCUCAAAAUCAAUUAUAUACAAACCUCAAAGCUGUCAUUAAUCACGAUCAGCCAGAUUUCAUUAAAGAUUAAGACGUAAAUAAAAUAACAUAAAAAUAGUGAAUAGGCCUAUUUCAUAACUCUGCCCAGAAACACUGCUACAGAGCAGGAGCGCCGUUUCAACAUUAUGCACACACGCACACGCGCCACUGUGGAGCGCUGUGUUUGACUCCUAAAAGGCAGGUGUCUCUGCCUUGGUCCAGCAGCGGGGACAUUGUUGUACCCUCCUGAAAGGAUGUGGGACAUCAUUUGGGCUGGUACAGUUUUGCACAAUGUUGCACUGGAGAAUGGAGUGUCGUUAGCUAUGCAGGUGCAACGUGAGGACCUGAUGCCCGGAGAACAACAACGAGGAGAGACUCCACAAAGGUGCUGUACAGAGGAGACAGGACCUUAUCGAUGGAUUCUGAUGUAAAAUAUAAGUUUAGAAAGUGCUCUUGCUAUUUAAUCAGUGAUAAAAAAUCCAAUAGAAAUCCAUAAAACUGUGCUUCAGGGGCAGCAACACACCGUUUGGUGAGGUUAAUAAUUAUUUUUGUUGAGCCUCUGUCAGACUCUCUACUCUGCUCUACAUUACAAAGACGCAACAAAUUAAAACUAAAUACUAUCAAUAAUAGGAGCAACGUACCCUAUGUCAUGGUAAUAAAAAAUAUGAGGCAUGUAUGAUUAUCAUUAGUCAACUUAUUAUCAUGAUUUAUUCCAACUUUAGCCACUGUCCGUUAUUCCGCAGCAGCGCUGUUCACUGCCACCAUAAUCCUGCUCAGACAGAAGUUUUCUGGACUGCUUUUAUAGCCUACCAGUUUUGAUGCUUUCAAAGAGCAAAUCCUUGUUAUAGUGGAGCAGACAAAUGCAUAAUAUAGCCCGAAUCGUUCACUUUGUUAUACAAGCAUGAAAUUUGGUACAUAUACUCUUCAAACCCCACUCUUUUCAAAAAUAACGUUAGCCACGCAAAAUUCCAAGAUGGCGGCCCCAAAAGCCAAGCUGUCCGCCCCAAAAAUGUGGUUUUUCCUUUAUAACUCAAAAUGACUUGAUUUUAAGCCCCAUACAUAUAUUGAAGUUGAAUAUAAAGUUGGGUAUUGCGGACAUUUUGGUAGCCAGUACAUUUCUGUAUCCAUAACGGUUCUUGAGAUACAGCAUAUAGAUACUUGUACAGAAUUGGGAGAGUGAGAAAUUUGUAACACCGGUUGUUGUUACGUGCAUAUGGUUGCAUGAAAAUAUCAUUUCCAUUAUCUGUUAUUUUCAUGAGGGUUAUAACAUUAAAUUCGAAAAACAAGAUGGUGUCCAAGAUGGCUGCCAUUGCCUUGAAGUAAUCCGAUCUUAGUGACUAUGAAACAUUAACUUUUGGCAUGCACAUAUUUUUGGUCUAUGCAUCCAAUGGGGCCAUUGCAGUACAGAAUUUAGAUGUUUAUACAGUACAAGCUUGCAGAUGUAAUAGAGUGAAUAUCGGCACACAACCAGGGCACACUGGUGAUAUCACUGCUGUGUAACUCAGCAUGACCUCCAGGGGUUCUUUCAGCAUGAGAACCAGUCCUUCCCUGUUGCAUUGAGCAAGGGUGGAAAAUUGUACACUUGCCAGAAGUCUCAGCUGACCCCUAUCCUUGAGAAUUAUGUCCCACCAGUUGACAAGGAACCUGAGGCAGACGUUCUCAUUGUAGAUGGGUCAGCUUUGGACCACGCCCUGCCACCAAAAAGAUCCAAGACUUUUGAGGACUAUGCAGCUCUCGACUUCCUACCUGUGAUCUACAUGUACUCCAGCAAGUACACAAUGACCCAUCAAGCCUUAAAGCUGAGACCAGGUCCAAACGUGGCCAGGGGGGAAGACGCAAGGUAACAAAUAAGAACACCAUGCUGUCUAACUGGCAUAACUUCCUGAGGCACAAUGACAACAAAACAGAGUUGUCCCACCCUUGCCGAAAAGGUUGCACAAAUGUUUGCCCUAAAUACCGUCAUCGUCACAAAGGGACCUGCUGUCCUCAGCACUCGUGCAACUGGUCUUGAUGGACUGGAUAAAUGCUCUCACGAGGAAGCGGACUGCAGCAUCUUUGUGCACGCCAAACAUGCAACUGGUAGCCAAGCCAUCAUGAUCAAGGCAAAUGACACAGAUGUUCUGAUCUUACCAAUAAAUGUAUUCAGCGGUCUCCAAGAGGCUGGCCUACAGCAUAUGUGGCUUGCAUUUAGGCAAGGUCAGACUCUGCGCUGGAUUGGUGUGCAUGACAUAUUUCAGCAUGUUGGCCAGGAGAAGGUCAAAGGCAUGCUCUUCUUCCAUGCCUUUACAGGAUGUGACACUGUGUCUGCCUUCCGCAACAAAGGCAAGAAAAUGGCUUGGCAUACAUGGGACAUACACUCACCGGCCACUUUAUUAGGUACACCUGUCCAACUGCUCGUUAACACUUAAUUUCUAAUCAGCCAAUCACAUGGCGGCAACUUAGUGCAUUUAGGCAUGUAGACAUGGUCAAGACAAUCUCCUGCAGUUCAAACGGAGCAUCAGUAUGGGGAAGAAAGGUGAUUUGAGUGACUUUGAACGUGGCAUGGUUGUUGGUGCCAGAAGGGCUGGUCUGAGUAUUUCAGAAACUGCUGAUCUACUGGGAUUUUCACACACAACCAUCUCUAGGGUUUACAGAGAAUGGUCCGAAAAAGAAAAAAUAUCCAGUGAGCGGCAGUUCUGUAGGCGGAAAUGCCUUGUUGAUGCCAGAGGUCAGAGGAGAAUGGCCAGACUGGUUCGAGCUGAUGGAAAGGCAACAGUGACUCAAAUAACCACCCGUUACAACCAAGGUAGGCAGAAGAGCAUCUCUGAACGCACAGUACGUCGAACUUUGAGGCAGAUGGGCUACAGCAGCAGAAGACCACGCCGGGUGCCACUCCUUUCAGCUAAGAACAGGAAACUGAGGCUACAAUUUGCACAAGCUCAUCGAAAUUGGACAAUAGAAGAUUGGAAAAACGUUGCCUGGUCUGAUGAGUCUCGAUUUCUGCUGCGACAUUCGGAUGGUAGGGUCAGAAUUUGGCGUCAACAACAUGAAAGCAUGGAUCCAUCCUGCCUUGUAUCAACGGUUCAGGCUGGUGGUGGUGGUGUCAUGGUGUGGGGAAUAUUUUCUUGGCACUCUUUGGGCCCCUUGGUACCAAUUGAGCAUCGUUGCAACGCCACAGCCUACCUGAGUAUUGUUGCUGACCAUGUCCAUCCCUUUAUGACCACAAUGUACCCAACUUCCGAUGGCUACUUUCAGCAGGAUAAUGCGCCAUGUCAUAAAGCUGGAAUCAUCUCAGACUGGUUUCUUGAACAUGACAAUGAGUUCACUGUACUCAAAUGGCCUCCACAGUCACCAGAUCUCAAUCCAAUAGAGCAUCUUUGGGAUGUGGUGGAACGGGAGAUUCGCAUCAUGGAUGUGCAGCCGACAAAUCUGCGGCAACUGUGUGAUGCCAUCAUGUCAAUAUGGACCAAGCUCUCUGAGGAAUGCUUCCAGCACCUUGUUGAAUCUAUGCCACGAAGAAUUGAGGCAGUUCUGAAGGCAAAAGGGGGUCCAACCCGUUACUAGCAUGGUGUACCUAAUAAAGUGGCCGGUGAGUGUAUGUCCAGAAUCCUUGCCUGUAUUCGCCAAACUGGGUAUUUACCCUCCCACAGUGGAGGACUGCGACAUAGAGGUGCUUGAGAAGCUUGUCAUUCUCAUGAAUGACAGAUCCAGCACAGCUGCUACUGUGGAUGAGGCCAGGCUUGACUUGUUUGCCAGAAAGCAGAGGCCCUAUGAGUCUAUCCCACCAACCAGAGCAGCUCUACUCCAACACACCAGGCGUGCUGCCUAUCAGGCUGGUUGUGUGUGGGCCCAGGCAACCCAGUGUCAGCCAGAAGCAGAGGACCCUGCAGACUGGGGAUGUCAAAAUGUUGGUGAGGAAUGGCAGAUCUUCUGGACAGCCAACUCUCCAAUAGCCAAGAAGACAGCCUCCACGUGGCCUCCCCCUCAAGUAGCCAGAGAGUAGUUGCCCUUUAAGCGAAACAAAUGUCUUCGCAAUGUCCACAAUGUCCAACAGACCCCCCCCCCCCCACCUCCCAUACCCAGUAAUAACAGAAUCCAUUGGAAAAAUCUCUUCUGUCACUUAUUUUGGGUUUCAAACUGAGGUGUUGAAUUUUGGAUUCUGGGCAAACAAACCACUAGGGGGCGCACCCAUAUUGUUUGCAGUGUUUUUUAAAAACCUAAUACACAUACCUAACACCAUAACAAAAAUCAGAAAAUUGUCACAAAAUGCCUAAUUUUUAACCUUUUUUGACAAGUUUCAUCCUUCUGAAUUCAUGAUUCAUCUCUGCUGAAUUCAUGAUUACUUCAAGGCAAUGGCAGCCAUCUUGGACACCAUCUUGGUUUUCGAAUUUAAUGUUAUAACCCUCAUGAAAAUAACAGAUAAUGGAAAUGAUAUUUUCAUGCAACCAUAUGCACGUAACAACAAUCGGUGUUACAAAUUUCUCACUCGCCCAAUUCUGUACAAGUAUCUAUAUGCUAUAUCUCAAGAACUGUAAUGGAUACAGAGAUGUACUGGCUACCAAAAUGUCCGUAAUACCCAACUUUAUAUUCAACUUCAAUAUAUGUAUGGGGCAUAAAAUCAAGUCAUUUUGAGUUAUAAAGGAAAAACCACAUUUUUGGGGCGGACAUCUUGGAUUUUGGGGCCGCCAUCUUGGAAUUUUGCGUGGCUAACGUUAUUUUUGAAAAGAGUGGGGUUUGAAGAGUAUAUGUACCAAAUUUCAUGCUUGUAUAACAAAGUGAACGAUUAUUUCCUUAUCUGCUCUGCUAUUAGUUUCCACCACAGACGCCAGGAUAUCCACUUUCAGCUCGGAAAAGUUUCGAAUCUUUCUAAUAUUUCUCCUCUUUCAUGUUUGACCUCAGUGGGCGAGGCUUCUGAACCACGAAUAUUUAAGGGCGUAACAUGUUAAUGACGAUCGAUUUCAGCCGCUGCAUUUAGAUACGAACCCUUUCAUAAAUCUCACGUGUGUCCUAUCGUAUAAUGAAUCCUGCGCUCUGAUCUGCGCUCAGUUCUACGCAAGAUUGGUAAAUGAGGACCAUUGUGCUCUACCCACUCCUCUUUACACUUGCUUGCAGCCUAACAUUGCUGGUGCAGUAGAAGAAGCAGGUAACAUAGGAGCUAUUCAGCUCUUGGACACUAAUGUCUUUAGGGACAUGAUGAAAGUUAAUAUCAUAGUUAGCUUUAUUACGAGCAUCGCAAUCCGCUAACAGGCACGCUUGUUCUGCGAUUGUCCUCUCUGCAAUGCAAUUUCGCAAAGUUUUCUCAUGAUAUGUCCUGUAGCAUCAGAAAAGUGCCAUAUGAACAUGUAGACAACAAGAAAAACAUGAUGUUCAUCAGAGUGGGUCUUUAAAGAAAGACAUUAAAAGGCUGACUCCUUUACUAGAGGGAGGACAGUUAACACUCCGUUGGAACACAGAUUGGUAUUUCAGUCCUCCACAGGUUGAUCAAGAAGAAAUCCACAGAAAUUGAAAGCACACUUUUUGUAGAAAUAAAUGUUGAACAACAACAAAAAAGAAACUCUUUGCUCUGGCACACAGGAUAUAGUAAACAUAUAUUUGGUAUACAUAUUAAAACAUUUAACCUUUAGUAAAAUAAUUUAACAGCUAAUAAACUCUACACAUCUGUGAAAAACGGUUCAAUUCAGCAGGUUGGUGCUGACAUGCUGCCUCUCAGUGCACGAUCAGUUUUAUAAUCCAUUUAUUUGGAAAUAAGGCUAAAUUUAGUUCAUGUAAUUUGGCUGAUCUUAUCUUUAAAGAACCAUUAAAGAACUUUGUAUUUUUCUCGAUCAACCACAUGUUACAAUAUUAGACAAACUGGACAUCAAUCAGUGGAGUGGAUGAAACAGUGGAUAUUAUAAAUAACCAAUUCACUCAUAACUUUCUAUAUUUGAUAAAUAUACAACAUUAUGGGUGAACUCUUUAUGACACACUGAAUGAAUUAUUCAUGAACCUUUAUUAUAGGAUAAAGUUGUGGAAGUUAUGAAGAUUAAUGAAACCCAUAAUUCAAAAGACAUAGCUGUUAGUUUUGCAUUAAGGUUUAAUCUAUUAUAAGUCAUUAUAUGACAUCAUAUUCACUGCUCAUAACACUUUAUAAACAAUGUUUAUAAGUUCUCAUAAAUGCCUAACACAGUAUCACCAGUUUUCUCUGUGUAUGAUAAGUAUUUUGAUUACAUGUUCCUAAUAAUGAUAACAUUGUAUCUGUAAAUAAUAGCCGUAAAGCUUGAUAUGUGUUUACUCAGGUCUGGACCCCUCAUGGUAUGUACAGCACGUGGUGGUCUGGGACCCUCAGACUGACCACAUGUUCUUCUUUCUGUUGGAGGACUGGCUCUCUGUGGAUGAUCUAAAGACCAGUGGAGUGGAGAGGGAAGUUUUAGCCUCAUGUAAGCUGAGACAAAUGAUUUUACCACUUUGAUUGACUGAUGUACCUGACCCUCGUAGUUGUUGAUUGAUUAACAAUUUUAUCUCUAAAUCAGGUCCCGAAGAGCUUCAUCAGUUUCAACGGGUCCUUUUCUCCCAGCUGAUGUUUGGGAUGGUGGAGUACCACCUGUGGCUGUCCUUGUGGGGACGGCCUGCCCACAACCGUUUCACCAGGUGUCAGAGAGUCACCUGUAGUGCCCUCGUGCUGCACCUCUACAUGGCUCUGGGCGCUCUCUGGUACAGUGCUGUGGGUACAGAGGGGCACAGGUAGGGUCGCAUUUUCUUUUUGGGUGGUUUAUGUAUCAUACAAAACUUGAUGGUUUGAAAAAUGAUCUGUCUGUCAGACGCUCCUUCAGAGUUUUAAGGGACUUUUUUUCCUGUACCUCAGAGGUCCUGUCUCAACUCAGCUCCUGCUCAACAUGGAGACGAUUGCUGUGGGAUUCUUUGUAGCAUUACUGGUGUUUCCUCUCCAUUGUCUUCUGUGUUUCCUGUUCAGAAAGUGCAACAGUCAGGUAAUUUAAAAUGUUGGAGAGCAACUUUUAGAUCAUUGUGCAUUUCUUGCUAAAAAUAACUCUGCCCUGAUACAACAUGACUCAGUUUGGUGUCUGGGUUUGACCAUCUUGAAGCUUUUGCUCAGUUGAAAACUUUCAAAACAAAUGUUCUCCUUUUAUCCAAUGAUUGAUAUGAAUUUUGUUAAAUGCAGGUGGUCAAAGAAAUCUCAGCUCCCUCUUCUCCUGUGUGUCACUCUGAGGAGAUCUGCAGUCCCUCACUCCUGUCUUUCCCUGACUCUUCAGGCCCAGUGCAGGAAAGUGCUUUCUCUGUGAGAACACACACACACACACACACACACACACACACACACACACACACACACACACACACACACACACUUAUAACAGUGACAUCAACUGUUUGUUUUGUUAGAGGCAUCAGCUAGUGCCCAACUGUCGGUCAAGUCUGCCGUGUCUCUGAUUCGACAGUCUUAUAACAUUAAAACCAACGGGUUACAAUAAAAUUCAUUCCUGUACAGUGUGUGCCAGAGAGACCUGAGAUAUUCCAACUAAAAUGAAUUUUUGAACCAGGCUGUGCACACAUUUUUUUUUUUUUAAGUGUGUUUUUUUAAGACCAGAGGUUGCCACAUGUCAUAAAACAAAACACAUGAAGAAGCAGCAGACACUGCUUUUGAGCUAGCAACUGCAGCUACCCUCUGAGAGAUGAUUUAACACUGACAUUCAAUGAUUGAUCGAGAAUCCAAAAACUGCAUUAUAGCUUGUUUCUCUUCUAUAUAUGUAUAUAUAUAUAUAUAUAUAUAUAUAUAUAUGUAUACAUAUGUAUAUAUUGAGGCUGUCAAAGUUAACGCGUUAUUGUCGCGUUAACUCAAGUGACUUUUAUCGCCACUCAUUUUUUUGACGCACGAUUAACGCAAGCCUUAGCCUGGCUUGAUCAAACUAUGCACACACUGCGUGGAUAUUCUUGCCGUUGUAAAAGGGUAGAGGAACAGUUGGUGAGGUGUCCAGGCUAUGUGAGCCUCGGAGCACUCCGUAGAUCAGGAAGUAGAGCACUGACUGAUACCACAGCAGACAUAAACAAAUCCCCGUGAGCAGUAACUAGGAUAUGAUGGAUAAGAACACAAUUUUGAACAGAAAGUUCAGGUACAAAGCCUUGCCAGAUGGCUCUCUUGACAGGACAAGAGUACCGGAGUACGUCUAGUCUCAAAUAUCACUUCUCGGCCAAGCACACAGCUGAUGCAGAUGCAUCACAAUUCGAUUAAUCGCGAUUAAAUAUUUUAAUCGAUUGACAGCCCUAAUAUAUAUAUAUAUAUAUGUGUGUAUAUAUAUAUAUAUAUAUAUAUAUAUAUAGAAGAGAAACAAGCUAUAAUGCAGUUUUUGGAUUCUCGAUCAAUCAUUGAAUGUCAGUGUUAAAUCAUCUCUCAGAGGGUAGCUGCAGUUGCUAGCUCACAAGCAGUGUCUGCUGCUUCUUUAUGUGUUUUGUUUUAUAUAUAUAUAUAUAUAUAUAUACACACACAUGAUGAUGUGUAUAUAUAUUAGGGCUGUCAAUCGAUUAAAAUAUUUAAUCGCGAUUAAUCGAAUUGUGAUCAUAAUUAAUCAUGAUUAAUCGCAAAUUGAUCGCAUAUUUUUGAUCCAUUCUAAAUCGAUCUUUUUUAAAUUGUUAUACUUUUAUCAACAUAAGAAUCAACAUGAGAACAGAUCGUGGAUUUUCAUGGUAAUGGUGGUCCUACAAGGUAAUUCAUAUGUCCAGUCAUUGGAUGCGAUCCGUAUGAUUUCACGCAGACCAACGUCCUGCACAAUGCUAAUCGGCCGACAAGCGGUAGCCACCCAUUUAGCGAUUUCUGUUUCAAGUUUGCGUUUAGUAGAGAUCUCCAUCUGUUUACCUUGCACAUUCAGCGUUGUUUGCUUGAGGCGGGCGGGGGGGCUCUCUGCAUCAGCUGUGUGCUUGGCCGAGAAGUGAUAUUUGAGACUAGAGGUACUCCGGUACUUUUGUCCUGUCAAGAGAGCCAUCUGGCAAGGCUUUGUAGCUGAACUUUCUGUUCAAAAUUGUGUUCUUAUCCAUUAUAUCCUAGUUACUGCUCACGGGGAUUUGUUUAUGUCUGCUGUGGUAUCAGUCAGUGCUCUACUUCCUUAUCUACGGAGUGCCCCGAGGCUCACAUAGCCUGGACACCUCACCAACUGUUCCUCUACCCUUUUACAACGGCAAGAAUAUCCACGCAGUGUGUGCAUAGUUUGAUCAAGCCAGGCUAAGGCUUGCGUUAAUCGUGCGUCAAAAAAAUUAGUGGCGAUAAAAGUCACUUGAGUUAACGCGACAAUAACGCGUUAACUCAAGUGACUUUAAGACAAUAACUUUGACAGCCUUAAUAUAUAUAUAUAUAUAUAUAUAUAUUUAUAUAUAUGAGUGAUAGAUCUUCUAUUAUAAUGAAUGAUUUCUGUGUUUUCUGUAGUUGGUGGAGAGUGAGCUGCUGGACUCUAGUAUUCUGGACUUCUGGGCUACAUCAGGCCUGGUGGCUCAGACAGACGAUAGAGCAAAUCAAGGUGAGACAUGGCAGUCCUGUGACAGCCUACUGAGUCUACCAGUAGACCCAUGUCUCACCAAAACAUCCCCACCAAAACAACUCAGCCUUAGCGAGACAUCUCCUACUGUUGGCCCUUCACACCAGUUGAGGAGGAGAAAGGCUCUGAUGCAGCCUUGCCGGUCUUCAUCUUCACCCACUGUACCUACAACAGCUUCACGCUCUCUGGUCUGCACAGAUCCCCUCUCUAAAGGCAUUUUUAGUUCCCUGCAGUCUCCAACAACACCUGGCUCAAAGGUCUCUGCCUCAAACACCAACUCAGUGCAAACUUACAGCCACAAUUUGACAACACUUCUUACUCUCUCUGGUGAGAAACUCCUGAAUUUAACUUGGAAAUUCAAAUAUUAACCUGAGGAUGAAUGUAGCUGAUGAGGUUCCUGCCUUUUUUUAUUAUUAUUUUUUUUUAAAUCUGUUUUUAUAUCAAUCCAAGAGGAGGAUCUGCUAAUGUCAAUCGCAGCAGCAUCAGAGGACGCAGCAAAUGUGACAAACAGCAACUCAGACAGCGGCUGGGAUUCUCCAAGAACCACUUCUCUAUUAUCACACACGUAGGGGUCUCUUUUUUUUCUAAUCAUACACAUGACACUCAGAUGCUGAGAACAUUCCUCUCUAUUAAGAUGUUGCUUUUGUUCUUUGCAGCUGGAGUAGUAGCUGGUCCCAACAGAGUGAGGAGAAGUUGUUUUUUGGUGAUGUCCAUAAACCAGACCCACUGUCCUGCCCCUCCCUGACUGCUGCAGGACUCCAGAAGUGUCCCUCUGUGUUAUCUGUGGACUCCGUAGCCAGCACCUUUCUGCCAAACCUGUCCACAGAGUCUUCCCACUCCUGUUCCAGCACACGGAUUGGUACUAAACCUCAGAAACAUCAAGAUUGUAUAAUUUUUAUUGUGAUAUUGUAUUUUGUACACGGUUUGCAUUUGCUUGUGUUAUGAGGAACCCAAGAAGACUAGCUGAUUGCUAUGGCUUCAGCUAAUGGGUAUCCUUAACAAACAAAUAAACAAAUAAACACCUCUUCAGCUCAGGUGGCUGAAUUCACCUGAGCUGCUGUAGUCAAAUUCACAGAGGUGGGACAUGAGUGGGUGUCCAUCUUUGUUGGAUUAGAGGGAUAUCGAAGUGGGUGUUAUUUAACGUUCUGCAAAAGUAGAUUAUGAUUCAGUGGUGUUUUCCCAGUAGUGUUGACAGAUUCAGCUCACUUCUUAGGAUUAGUAUCAUAAGAUUUAACCCUUUAUUUUCUUUAUAAAGUGGUCCAACCUGACAAUAUAUCGUUUUCCACAAGCUUUAGUGUGGCGUGUGGUGUAUUUUGUGGACCCAGAAGCAGACACGGAGACAGAUAGUAAAUUAAAGAUGUAAUUUUAAUGUCCAACUCAAGGGUAAAGGCACAAGAGAAAGUCCGGCUGGCUGGCUGGCUGCUGUGUGGGCUGGAGACACUGCGGAGAAAACAGAGGAGAUGGAAGUGAGAAGGCAUGCAAGGAAUCACAGGGAGCAAAAUUACUAGCACUUAGCCGAGGAGAAGGCCAGGAGAAGCGUCUGUACCACUGAGAAGUGAAGACAAUACUCAGGCGCUGAGACUGAGGGCUGCUGGCUUCUUAAAGGGCCUUGAUUGCAGAUGCCGUGCAGGUGUGGAGUCUCACUCAGCCUCAGCGACCGGGGAGGGGGAGGGUGCUCUGAAAAAGAAUCAAGCCAGACCAGGGAAACCAAGAAAAACAGGAAGUCCAACCAAAAUAAAACAAGAGGAGGAGGCGUCUCACCACAUUUAAUCUAUAUUUUUACAUAUAUAUGAGUUACCUAUUCAAAACGAUCUUUUUUAGCAUUAAUGUUAGAGUGCUAUGCUGGAUAUGAAACCAAAGUGGCAUUUCACUGCAGUGAGCUGAUCCAAUAAACUCCUCAACAAUGUUUUAUGUGUGUAAAAAGAUGAGCAGGAGGCUUGUUCUACAGUUUAUACCACCAUGUAUUCACUGAGCAGGACGAGGAUGAGUGUGGUCAGUCAUACAGUUGGCUCACCACAUCAGCUCAUGCAGCACAAGGACAGCAAGUGACAUUAGUGCUGAAGCUUGCUAGCUUGCUCAUGCAUGUGGGACACUGUUAUGUGGACAUUUUAUCACUAAUAAAUGAUGAUAAUGAGAUAAUAACACCAGCAGGACUCUUAUGUAUUACUGUACUACUAGAAUAACUGUAUUUAAAAUCCAUAAAACAUGAAUGUAUGAGACCUAAAUUCAUAGAUUUUGUAAUACAUUAUAUAACAUAUAAAAAGAUUCAUCAUAACAUACAUUAUUUUCUCUUUUAAAUACCACAUUAAGAUCCUGCCAGAGUCUCUUUCGAUCCUGGUCUGUGCAGGGUUUGUGAUAUCUGUGCUUAUUUCUUGUGCUGCAGGUGUUGCUCGAGGUAAACCUGGCUGGCUGCUCCCUCACUGGGUGCUGUGUGUAAUCUACCCCAUGGUGUCAUUGCUACUGGGAACAUGCCUCACAGUGGUUGGAGUCUACGGCAGCUACAUGUCCAGAACAGUAGUCACCAUGUGGCUCAUAUCUGUGCUCUCUGCCUUCUUUUCCUCUGCUCUGCUGCUCGAACCCCUCAAAGUGAGUCCAAACCUCAUCUAAUGAGCACACCUCUCAGAUACUGGGUGGAUCUUUACUCUGGUUUGCAUCUCCAUCUAUCUGCUCAGGUAUGUAUACAGUCUUUGAUCAGCACAACGCUGUGGAGGCCUGUGGACCCUGAGGUGGAGGAGCAGCUGGCUCUGGAGUCCACUGUGGUGAGGGCAUCAAGAGAGCAUGGAGGAAAUGUUCGACCACCAUGUGGCUAUGGGCUCCUUCAGGCUAAAGAGGAAGCCCGCAAAGUCAGAGCGCUGCAGUCACUCAUGAGAGUAAGAAUCAAACAUGAAAAACAGUCAGCAGUGUUUUGUCUCCAGAAACAUCUCUCUAUUAUCACUUAUUUUUUGUUCAUAAUAAAAGAAUCCCAUGCCUCCUCUCUGUAGCAGUGUGUUUGCCAGCUGUUCUUUCUGCUGCUGGUGUUGAUGGUGAACUACCAGGACAGCAUGGAGAGAAGACAGGGCAGGCUGCUGCACUUGGCUGUCAGACACCAGCUUCAUUCAGCACCCGUGGGAGUCCAUAACCUUACCUCGCUGAAAGAGUAAGGGAAACACUUUGCUCUUAGCUGUCAAAACACUAAACCACACCAGACACAGUCACACACUGAAUAAUCAGGGGAGAAAACCUUCAGUGUAGGAGGUGUCAGCUAGACAAACUAGGAUGCAAUAUUUUGGAUGUGCUCAUAGUGUCCUCUGAACAACACCAUAACAUAAUGGGCCCCAUUUAAAUGUACAGUCUAAUGAACAUGGUGCAAAGUGAAUCAGGGCGUGUCUGACUGCUGUCUGGUUGCAACAAAAAGUGGGUUGUAAGUGAGGAGGAGGGUGAUGAGAGGUCAGAGUGUUUUAGAUGUAAUGUGAAUCCAAACCAGUUAGUAUGUCUACUCGUAUUCCCUUUAAGGGACAGGAGCACCUGCAGGCUGAGGUUUUACUUACAUAGUGGACAGAAGUCUUUGUAUUUGAAGAUAUUAAGCUUCAGCAGCAUUUGAACUUCUGUACUGUACCUCUAAAAAGACAGAAAACACCUGUAUGUGACUUAUGUGAAUGCUUGGAUUGCUGUUAAAGCUGAUGUAAGGAACUUUUGGCUUAAAUUCAUGUUCGCUCCCCAUGUGGGUAAGAUGAUACCUUUGUAUUUCAUGCUCAGUACAUGUGAAAGUAGUGCAUCUAGACAAAACCUCAUCCCUUUGUCUCCAAACAGGGAAAUGUUUCACUAACUGAAGGUAAAUGUCAUGGAAGAAAGUAAAAAAGGCCUGCUAUCAAUGAGUUGGUCUGAGAACUUAAACAAAAUACAAUAAAAUAAACACAGAGAGUAUAAACCACGAUAUGGCAUGCAUAAUGGAAACUGUUCAGUAUAUGUCAGUAUCUGUGUCUGUGGCUGUGGCCUGAGGUUUUAUUUAAUGUCAGCAGUGAUGGGGACUGUCAAGUUUUGUGUGUGAGUGUGACUGUGUGUAUCUGUUUCUAGAGAGUGCGCAUGAUGGAGAGCUUAGGGACAGUUUUAGUCAGGAGUAUUUGGCCUGUGCAGGGCUGAGGUGUAGCAGGUGUGUAAGGAGAUAGUCACAAGGGUGUCCUCUGGUUCUAGUAUUUGGAGAUGGUCACCAUACUGUAUCCUGGUGUACAUAGACAAAGAAAAAACACUGGUGUAUCCCCAUUGAGCUUCAGUUUCACUAUAUCAGGAAAAAGCUGAUGUCCUUGAGAGUGUGAGCUCUGCUGAGCACUGUGAAGGUGCCUGACCAUGCCUCCUCAUAAAACCAACACAAAAAAAUCACAAGUGUUUCAUUGUUAGGCUGCACACCAAAUCACUUUGCAGCAGGUGUCCAAUGUUUUUGCAUCUUUUUCUUUCUGACUUGUAAACACACUCAUUGCUUAUCUCCUGUCAUUUUUUUCUUCAUAUAGCUGGUCAGAUGCAGAACAGUGGAUCAACCACACUCUGGUGCCACACCUACACCAGAGCCCAUCACUACAACUUGUAGGAUUGCCUCAGCUGCAGUACACACUCGCCCUUAGUCCUUUGGCAAGUUACUUUUGGGUGGAUCACAAUGCAACAAACAACCUGCAUGAGCCAGAACGCAGCAAAAAACAGUGAGUUGAUCAAGAGACUGCAGUUCUGAGAGGGGCACAGUGUUAAUUCAUUUUCUGUCUCACUUAUCACUCACUUAAAAUUUUCUAUAUAAUUACUAAUGAUAAAGCAGACCAGCCUGUUAAUUAAAGCAAAAACAGGAAUACAAAGACACUUUUUUAGCAAAGAGAGGAAGGAUUAUAGAACCGUAUUAGAUAACCUCUCAUCCAGGUUGUCAUAUUAUCUUGAAUUUUUGUACAGGACUGUAAACUUCUGUGGUGAUUUCAUGCAUCAUCUCAAACCUACAGUGUAUAAGAUGGAAUCUAAACUUUCAGAGACACAACAGGGGUGAAAUGUUUUUAAUCCGUUACUACAGUCAAUCGAUUAAUUGUGAAGUAAAAAGGUGUGGUAAUUUUUUGUAGAAAAUAUCUGUGACUGAAAACUGUAUUUUAUCUCUGACUCUGAGCGUUUUUCUUUUUCAUGUAAUCUUCAUCCCAGGUUAAAAAGUCUGUCGAUCCACUUCACCCUUGCCCACAGGGAGUCUGCUAUAUUUUUGUGUGUGUCCAUACAUCUGGAUUGGGCUCAGACACAUCAAGUCACUCCCUUUCUUUCCAUUCAUCCAUUCCUCAUCCCUUCAACACAACAUGGAUUGGACCUGCAGACUGCACUUAUGGUAAAAAACACUGACAUCUUUUCACUGGUACACAUAUUUAAAAGCUGUUUUCAGGAACAGUUAAUCCCACUGGCUUUCUGCUGCAGGUUCUCCUCCUUAUCUCUGGCCUCCUCCUCUUGUUUGGAGAGCUGAGGUCGAUAUCUGCUGAGAGUGCCGGCUGUUUGUAUCACAGCCUUUUCCAGCUUUUUUUGGCCUUGUUGUCCCUGGCAACGGCCAUCUUAUAUUUUUGCUUCCUGUCCCUGGCCACCUCCUCUGUUUCAAAGGUAAGAAGAGACUAUUUUGAUCUUAGAAAUAAAGCCCUAAUUUCUUUGUCCAGAAGAGCAUCUUUGUCCCUGUUGUUUUAGUUUUAGAGGGCAAUUUAGAAGAUAAUGUUUUGUUUUGAUGAGGACCUUACAAAAAUCUGUAUGUCAUUUAGCCCUGGUCCUACCCAAACGACUCCAUAGACCUCCACAGUGCUGCUCAUCUAUCGCAAAUGUGCUCUCAAUGUGCAGCUGUUCUGCUCACUCUACUCGUUCUCCAGGUAAACCACAGCUUCUCUGAGUUUCUUCUCUCAUUCUGCCACAGAUUUCCCUCUCUAUUCAAAAGGUCUGAUAAUUUCUGCUGUUUUCUUCCAGCUGCUGGGAGCCUUCAGGUUUGUGCAGAGAUGGGUAGUACUGGGCAGGGUGCUGCAGAGAGCCUGGAGGGAGCUGUGGGCUCUGGCUGUGCUGCUACUCUUACUGCUGCUGCUCUGCACUCACCUCAGGAACAUUGUACGGGAAAGACUAACAGCUGAAUAACACAUCCAUACAGGGGAGCUGUGUUUGAUAUGCAUAUGUCUUUGUUUCAGCUUUUUUCUGAUUCACUGGAAGGUUCCUUGACAGCGUAUCAGAGCAGAGUCUCAGUGCUUUCGCUCCUCUGCAGCCGAAAAACUCGCCAAAGAGUGUACAGGGUCCACACUAUCCUGGGCCCCUUUUAUGGGCUACUCAUUGUGAUUGGAGGUCUUUGGCUCUUAGCCAGACUCUGUGGAGCCGUUCUUAUCCAUGCAUACAGGUACAGUGUGUGUGCACAAUAUUUAUAGUGAUAUGGCGGGUUAAAUAUUUUCUGUUUUUAGUAAAGUAUCAUCAGAUGAAUAAAUAAGCAAGAUUUUCAACUCUUGAUCCUCAACUUCAAUCCCUAAUCCUUGAUCGCUGACAUUUCCUGAACUAAACAGAUGAUCAAAUUCUACUGAAAAGUCAAAGAUGUUUAGUGUAAAAGCCAAGAAAAUCCCAUUCCAGUGUCCUCCAGAAAUUCAACAUGGGAAGAUCUGCUGCUAUAAAAACUUAAAAACACAUGUUACCAGUUUAUUUGGCCACAGGUUCUGACUGUAACCCAGAUACACAGGGAAAAUCUGCUUCAUAACCGAGGAUGUGGAUGUGAUGGUUUCACAACCACUACAGAUACAAGAGCGAAGGGUUAUGAAGCGGUGAAAAAACAAACAUAAAAAGUGAAUUAUUUUCCAUUCACAAUAGUAUAUCCCUUCCUGAAACCAUUACUUUAAAACCCCUGUCCUAAUUUGUUGAUUCAAAUUCAACUGUUUCAAAGAGUUGCUUCAUCAGUUCACUGUUAACUUCAGCAGAAGUGCUGGGUCCUUGUCUCUGCUUUUGUUUCUUGUGGAGGCCAGUCCACCAGAAAUCCAUCCAUUCCUCUUUGAAGUUGGAACUAGAACUUUUUCAGUCUAUAUACCGGGAGUAUGUUUAAAAAAGUGGAGCUUUUGUGGACUUCUGAAAGAUCAUGGGAGAUCAUAUCAUGGUAUGCUUGCUGAACUAACAGGCUAUUUCCUUUAACUCAGCUGCCGUCUUGAAUGACCACUGAGAUCAUAUGACAACAUUGACUAGCUUGGUUGCAAACACACAUCUGUUAACCCUUUGCAGAACAAUGAGAGAUUGAUUGUGGUUUAAAAUGGGCAGUGUGCAUAAAUGAGCUAAUGAUCUGCUAUGAAGGCUAACAUAAAGUUUCCUACACCCUUAAGGGCAGAGCAGGCAGAGUUGUACAGACCUGCCAUUGGCCCCCAGGACUAUGAGAUGGUGGAGUUCUUCAUCAAGAGACUCAAGCUGUGGAUGGGACUCACUAAAGCCAAAGAAGUAAGUCAUGUUUUAGUUUUGGUGUGUUUUUGACUGUUUUUAAAGCUCUGAUUCUAACUGCAUAAAUUGUCUGUCUUUGUUUAGUUCAGGCACAGAGUGAAGUUUGAAGGGAUGGACAUGUCCCCCUCCAGGUCCUCACAGGACUCCCGUCUCUCCACUCGGUCCCCCGUCCUCUCCUCCCCCUACUCUCCAUCCAUAUGCUCCUCAUCCUCACCUCAGCGUCCUCUGUCCUCAGCUCUCUCUGUCAGGUCAGAGGACUCUUCAGUUUCUGAAUCUGGAACCAGCGUCCAGCCUUACUUCGACCACCUGCUGCCCUGUGUCACAUCACUGCUGUCUCAUUUUGACCAGGUCAACCAGAUCACUGAGGAUAUUUAUGACCUGGAGAAAAAGCUGGAAGAGGCUCAAACAAAAAGAAGGGAGAGGUUGAGGAGUGACAAUCCAAAAAGGUCAGAAAAAAUAGGUGAUUUAGCAAAUCCAACGAUUCUGGAAACAGGAGAGGGAGAACACAGAAAGGCAGGUUUCUUUUACUCCAGACCGAGAGUUUCCCUCCCAUCAGCGUUGGCUGUCACUCCCUACAAAGUUCAAAACUCCUCUGCAUCAACUUGCAUCUUUCCCCGAACACGUAGUGCCCACUCUGAGUCAGACUCCGUACCAUACCAGCUUCAGCUGUCCAGAAACCACCACACUUUUGAAGCAGCAUCUGAAGACUGUGGUUCACAUCCUGCAGCUUCACCUGGAUUCAUUAAGUCUAACAGGAGAAGAGCUUGGCAUUCAGGAAGUUCUUGUUCAGCUGAUGCAGUUCAGAGGAGCUUUCUGACACAGGCUGGAGUGAGUACAUGUGGAAGUAGAGGAGAGGAUGCAGUACUCACCAAGAGCAGACCGAGCAGUGAACAAGGAAUGACGAGUAACAUCAGAGAUGGAGUCCCUGUGAGGAGGAAGGCCUGGAUAUCAGAGCAGUUAGAGACUGAGAUCCACUGAAUAUGUGCCAUGAUGAAACUUUAAAUAACUCCUGUUAGCUUGUCAGCCCUGAUUUUACUUCUGUUGUAUUUAAAGUUAAACACAAGUGUUUAUACCCCUUUGACAAUGCAUUUGUAAUGAUUAUGGGUCCCCUCUCUUAGCUGCUCAGUCAGACCACUCAGGUUAUGGUUUGAACUGUCUAUUGCAGGAGAAGCAGCAGAGCAUUUGUAGGUUUUCACAUGUAGAUAUGUCAAAGUGAUGAGAGGAUAUCUCAAACCCUCAGCUGGAGCCUGUAGGUGGAAACUGUGGUGAUGGUUCUGAAAUGUGAACAGCAGCAGAAAUCUUGCAGCUGAAAGCUCCUAAAAGUCAGAAUGAUAGUUGUUUUUUAUCAGAGGACACUCUGAACAAAAGUUACUCACAGGUGCUUGAGCACUAAAACAGGAGGAUGUUUAUGUCAUGGGAUUCUGAGGAUGAGGCUACAAAGUGCAAAAUCAGUGCCUGCCUGAACUAGCUCCCAGGUUUUUGUUCCAUUGGAUGAAAAACAAAACAGAAAUAAACCAUGCUU